UUGGGAAUUAUUUGAUUCAUGCCAUCUAGUGUACAUCCAAAUAAUGAGUUCUUAAGACCUACCAGAGAAAUGGUAAUCAGUUCAGAACUAAAAAAGAAUUCAAAACAGGAAAAAAACUGUAAGAUAGUGAAGCAGAGGGUUCCAUCACCCCAAGCAAGUCGAAGUCCAAAGUGCCAAGACAAGUUAGAAGUCCGAGUGAAAUCUUCAGGAACUGGUCAGAGGUCAUUUGUCAAGGUGAAUACAAGUAAAGAAGAUGAGCUUGUCAAGUACAUGUCAAAUUUGCCAGGUUAUCUCCAGCGUGCUGAGAGAGGAGAAAACAACCAAGAUAAAGCUUUGAAUUUUGGGGUUCUAGAUUGGGCACGACUAGAAAAAUGGAACUACAAGCAAAACCGAAUCCCUGCAAGAGGAGGUGAUAAUGCACUAUGCAGAAGCUGUGAUUUAUCGUCAAAAGCAGUUGAUGGGUCAUCUACCUUUUCUAGUAAAGUCCAUAGCAAGAUGUCUUCUGAGCUACCCUCUUUGCCUCAUCCUAGUCUCGACUCUUCUCACAAGGAUGGCCAUCCUCAAGAUGCCAAACUGUCCAACCUGAAUACUGUACAAUUUCAUGAUUUUGAGAGUGCUUCCAAGAGCAACAUGGAUGGGCAGCAAAAGGUACCCUGGACAUAUAAGUCUUUUAGCAGAAGUUGCUCCGAUAUAAUGCUUGAUAAGGGGAAGAGAAAAGAUUUAGAUCAUAUGAUUACUUCAGAAAUGGGAAAUUCUGCAACUAGCUCAGGAACUAAUGGGGUCUCUCUCAGUCGGAAGUACGAUGCAAGUGCUUGGGAUGGUGAAGCUAAGAAGAGCAUAAAGGAGUUGCAAGAUUCAAAUAUUAAGAGAAAAGAUGGAGAUAAGAAAAUUCCCUCAGAAAUACGAUCAUCGCAUUCAGAUUGGAGAAGUUAUGGUUUCUCUCUUCAUUCAAAGGAGAAGCUGAGCGCUGGCAGAGGGGAAAAUAGGAAGAGGAUAGAGGAGUUGGAACAAUCAGAUAUAAAUCUCUUUAAUCUAUGUUCCCCGGGUGAGCACACCAACAUUGUCCUCCUACCAAAAGAGUUAACCCAAAAUCAAAUUUCAGUAUUCCAACUUUCACAACCCAGAGAAUCCAAGAAAAAGUCAUCUGAGGCACUGAGGAGCAGUUCUUCAGAUAACUUUUCUGGUAAGGAUGUUCACUCUGAAGUAAUCUGUUCUGAUGUUCCACACUCGUGCCCACUGCCUUCUGGAGAGACUGAUCCCACAUCAGACAUGAUACCAGAUAGCCUGAUCAAUGCUCAGCAUAAUAAGCUUUCAUCUGCUGCAUCGCUCAAAUCCAAAUUCCCAAACAAGACAUCGAAGAUUCUUCCUAAAGGCAUAUAUGCAGAAGGAAAGGACUUAGACCUCAAGCUCAAUAAUUCAGAUGUUCAUACUGCAAAAGCAGCAGAUGAAGAAAUCGCGGUGCUGGAAACUAAAAAAGACGGAAAUCCAUCACCCAAUCACCGGUUUAGCUUCAUCAGCUUGGGUCGUCUGGGUAGAAGUUUCAGUUUCAAGGAGGGUUCAUCUGUACCGAAGUUGAGCUCCUCAAAUGCUAGUGUCAAGUCUGGUCCUGUGAGGUCUGAAUCUUCUGCAUGUUUGGAUACUUCAAUCAGAGAGAAGCCAAAUGUUCCUAACAGAGCCAAGUCCAGCCCUUUAAGAAGGUUAUUUGAUCCCAUACUGAGGUACAAGGUAGCUAAUUCACUGCAUUCUGCUGAAACCCCUCAGCCAGUGAAAGCAAGUUUAGAUUUCAUCAGCUCUAGCCCAUCUAGAGUCUGCCACUCACUUCAAAAGGAGAAGCAUGAGGCAUCGAACAUCCAAGCCCUUUUGCAACUCAGGGUAAAGAAUGGGCUACCUUUGUUUAAGUUUGGGGUUGAGAACGACAGAAACAUUCUUGCUGCCACCAUGAAAAAUUUGAUUUCAUCAGGGAAGGAUGACUCAGGUGGAAAUUAUACAUUUUACUCUGUUAAUGAAAUUACAAAGAAAAGUGGUGGCUGGAUAAGUCAAGGAAGCAAAAGGGAUAGUUGUGGCUACGUCUAUAAUGUAGUUGGUCAGAUGAAGGCCUCCAGCACUUGCUUCUCUGAUUUGAGUGGACCGAAUUCCCACAACGAUUAUAUGGUCAGAAAAUCUGUCUUGUUGGGUGUUGAGCCAAUGCAGGAAGAUCAGGAACCAUUGAAGUUCCCGCGAAAGAGGGAACUUGCAGCUGUUGUUGUCAAGAUCCCUUUUAAAAACUUAAGCCCUGAUGGAAUGCAGAGUGAUAAAGAGUUGAUGAAGAAGCUCUGCAUGACAUGUUUGCCAGAAGGCAGAUGCUCUUGCAACUUCAAAGAAAAUAAAAACUUAGAUGGUAUUACAGUUAUACUUCCAGGCGCUGUACAUGGACCACCAAACAUAGGAGAGCCUUCGCCACUGAUUGAUCGCUGGGAUGGAUCAUGUGACUGUGGAGGUUGGGAUGUUGGCUGCAAGCUGCAUGUUCUUUCCAACCAGAACCGAAGCAGUAAGAUUCAUGUGACAUCCAAAGCUUGCCCUAUUUCGGACAGUGUUGAACUUUUUGUCCAGGAAGAACCCCAGGAGAGCACGCCCUUCUUCAGAUUGACGCCAAUGAAGGAUGGAAUCUACACGAUUGAAUUCAACUCAUCGAUCUCUUUCUUACAAUCCUUCUUCAUUUGUGUCGCCAUUUUAAGCUGUAAUAGACCCAUGGAUCCCCCAGCAACAACCAAGAUAUCUGAGGAACAAGUUUUCAAGGAGCCCUUUCUGAAUGAGGAUGGGGGAAUACAGAGAAGAGCGGCUGCAAAAUAUGCUCCAAGUCCGCCUCUUUCCCCUGUUGGAAGGGCCUAGUUUCAGGUAAGGAACCUGCCAUCUAGCUGCCAAUCCUCUUCAAAAUAGCUAAAGAGGCAUUGAGAGAAUUCCCCAAACUCAGAUGUCUUGCAGCGAAGUUUGAUAAAGGACUAUUAACCGGACUGCCUGUUCUGUUCUGGCAGAAGACAUGUAUGCCCAUUGUAGUUUUGUGUUGGUUUUACUACUGCACCAACGUCACCAUUGUACAAAAAGCAAGUGUCAUCAGCUAUACAAGUACAACAUAGCCACUUUAGGGAGAACUCUAAAACUACUGAAUGCUCGUUAAAAGGUGGAACACUGAACGUAAUGCCAUACUUUUCUAGGCAUGCACAGUUCUGUAUAAAUGCUCCAUUCUCUCUUUU